AUGAAGACACACCAGUUCUCGUAUGCCUGUCUCGAGCUCAUCGCCGAAUCAUCAAAUGCACCAGAUCUCCUACUGGAUUCUCUCACAGUCCGCUCUUACAUUGGGUCUGCUCUAAGCCAAUUUCUCGGACUCACAGGCUCAUCAAUCUCUAUUGAUGUUUUGAAGGUCAAUGGGAGGGAAACCUGGAUCAGAGUUCCUCGGGAAGAUCUCAGUCCUGUGCUUGCAGCGGUUGGAGGAUGGAACGGAGGUACUGAGGUGUAUGGCAACGUGGGAUGGAGAGUCAAGUCCUCAGGAGCCUGGCUCAGCGUUCUGAUUGCGCAAGGAGAUGCGGAUCAAAUAUGGAAUAAAUAA